CACAGCACGCCCGUGUUCGAGACGUUUCACAAAACAACGGCUAUAUAGCCGCCUCCCCUUCCCACCGUAACGAUCCUUCGAAUUCCGGUUUCAAUCAUCCGGGAGUACCGACAGUAUUUGGAAGCGUUGCAGCAAUGAUCGAUAAAUAGUAGUGCCUUGACCUAUACGAUAUGGCGAAGAGCAGUGGGAUUCCUCGGAAAGCGAGGCGAGAAGCAAUGCAAGGGACAUGAGUUUUUGGCCCACAAAAAGCACGGGCCACGUAACCAUGUCUAUCCGUACAACCCCCGUCCUACGUGGCGGUGAAAUUAUCAUUCGGCCGCCGACUCUCUCCCAGGCCUCCCUCUACCCGACUCCCGAAGAAGCAGGCCACAGUUGUUAACUUGGUUUUGGCGCACAGAAGCAAAGCACAAUCCCGAAUCGCGAUCGCAGAGUUGACGCAGAGCCAUACAGACAAAUUAAGGAAUAACCCCUCACAAGCGGAGUCCCUGCGUCUCACCUUUCUUCCGAUUCGAUUCCUCCUCCCGAAGCACCUUCUUUUUUGAACCUAAAAGUAUUGCUGCUCCGCGGAAAAAUAAAAUAAUGCAAGGACAGGAGAGAAUGACCGAUGUGGUUUCCAGGGAAUCGCACAUGUCGAUCGCUGCUUCGUCCAUGUUUCCUGGAUUCAGGUUCUGUCCUACCGACGAAGAGUUGAUCUCCUAUUAUCUCAGGAAGAAGCUGGGCGGACACGAAGAGAGCGUUCAAGUGAUUUCUGAGGUUGAGAUUUGCAGAUAUGAGCCUUGGGAUUUACCAGCCAAAUCAUUCAUUCAAUCAGAAAACGAGUGGUUCUUCUUCUCCCCUCGUGGAAGAAAGUACCCGAAUGGUUCACAGAGUAAGAGGGCAACUGAAUGUGGCUAUUGGAAGGCCACUGGAAAAGAGCGCAACGUAAAGUCAGGUUCUAAUGUUAUCGGCACCAAGCGAACUUUGGUAUUCCAUAUGGGUCGUGCCCCAAAAGGAGAAAGGACUGAAUGGAUCAUGCACGAGUACUGCGUCGAUGACAAAUCUCAGGAUUCUUUAGUUGUUUGUCGGCUAAAGAGGAACACACAGUUUCGCCAGAACGAUGCUUCAAACAGAGCAUCUUCAAGUCAAGAACGGGCAGUGAAUUCUCAUGAAAGCAACUGUGCUAUCUCCGAAGCUGAGAUAGAUCAAAGGGGUGUGUCCGAACAAGAUAAAGGGGUCGGAUGCAGUUCAAAGCGCAGCAGUUGCAGUUACGAUUCUCCUUCAGUGGAGCAAAUUGAUUCUGCCUCUGAAUCCAAUCAAAGGACAGCCAAUUAUGACGCUGCUGUGACAGAAUCUUCGAGUCACCAAAAGGAGGUGGAUGAAGAGGAUUGUUAUGCUGAGAUACUGAAGAAUGAUAUCAUCAAAUUAGAUGAAUCUUCACUGACGUCGCAAGAGGCUCACACAAGAUCGCAGGAUCCUCCUCAGACAUUUCCAUUCCAAGGCACAGCGCAACGAAGAAUUAGAUUAAAGGUGGAUAAAUCAUCAACGCGUUCUGCUGCUGCAGGACUUGGUUUUCCAAGCUCAAAACGCCCCUCCAAGACUACCACCCUCUUGGGCACAUUAACAAAACGAACGGUUUUAUGUGUUUUCUUCGUUUUAACUUUGAUAGCCCUAUAUUUGUGCUUACUGGGUCUGGACAGUAUCGUUUUAACAAAUCGGUCUGGGGAGUAUCAGACCAGUGAAAACCUGUGAGAGAUUCCGUUUCGUUUGUAAAUUAUCAGUAACGCAUUAUGCAAAUUUAGGGUAUCUUACGUGGCCUCCCUUCCAAUUACGCCAUUAGCCUUCGAAUCUUAUCUUAUCUUGAAAUAAAUUGCGAAGUCCAUCAUUUCUCAA